AUAGAGGUUAACUACAAACAGAAAUUACAUGAGAAUUCGAAAAAAUGUCAAUAAUAAAUUUUUUUUCUCUCGAAUAAAACCGCCCUUCUCAGAAAUAUCCAAUGUUAAAAAUCUUAAUUUUUGUGAUUUUAACGUUUUUUUCUGAGAGAAAAUGGACAAAAAUCUUUUCAGAGAAUCUUCAUGUUGAGUUCUUGUAACAAUGUAAUGUUCAAUCUGUUUUUAGUUAAUCUCUAUGGAUCUCCCUAGAAAAUAUCGUCCGUUGAAUUUUUCAAUUUAUCAAAUAUUUUUGUGUUUUUUUUUUAAAUGAGCUAUUCAGAUAUAUUGUACGUUCUGGCAAAGAUUAAUUGUUCCACAGCGGAUAUGCCACGUUAAUGGUUUUCCUCCAUUACUUCUGAAAAAAUUACCUUCUAAUCCAUAUAUUCACAUAUAUUCUAUUCCAUUCUAUAUAUUCACAUCUUCAGCCAUCAUCUCAAUUGAAUUUCUUCACGCUUGACGGAACAAAAUUUGAAAUUUUCAAAUUGCCCAGUUCUCUCACAAGAUAUCCGUAAUUGAACAUUAUUUUCUGCAAAUUUCCGGUUCAUUGGAGGGAAGGGUUUAAAUGCGGCGUAAAUGCUAGAUUUUCAAUUGAUAUUAUAAAAACUGAAUUUUUGGCGCAUAUCACAGAUUCAUACUCCUAUAUGCUAGAAAUCAUGAAAUCAAUAUUUUUACUGUUUAUUAUGUUUUGGGAAACAAAAUUGGGCAGGAAUUUAAAAAUAAUGUAUAAAUUAUGUAGUUAAUAGUUCUUAGUUAAUAGAUGCUGUAAAAUGUUCAACGAUAAGCUUUACAAAAUUCAAUCCUCCCCUCCCCCACACCACAAUCGUUUGGCCUAAGUGUUUCCAUCAGGUGUCAAAAAGGACAAAAGCAGACAAAAGUUUUGUGCUCUCCAGCUGUGUGGUGCUCCAUUCUGAACGAAUGUUUCGGAUUCGAUCAUUUAUAAAUAAAGAGGACGAGACAGAAUAAAUCUGAUAAAAAAUGUCGCGGCAUCGAGAUGUACGGACUAUGAAAUACUCCGACGAGUAUGAUGGUUACGAUGAUGUUUAUGGCCAUUCUGUGGAAGAUGAUUACUGCGUAUCUCCCAGUGCCGAACAAUUUAUGUUCGAUCGUAACAAGCAACAGAAUAUUGCUGCCUUUUUCACCGAACCAGAUAUUAAAGAAGACAACGAAGAGGACGAGGAAGCUUGUGGAAUUCCAAAAAAGCCUGAACUCUCUGAAAUCGACACUGCAAAACUUGUAUCGUGUAUUGAAGUGAUUAGAAAUGUCAUUGGCGACUCAAUAUCUGACGCAGACCUUACAGAGAAAAUCAUCAAGGCUGAUUUCAAUGCUGAAGUCGCUCUUGAUGAAAUUUUGAAGGCCACACCCCAGAAAAAUGAAUUUCCAGCAGCAAUGGUGAAGGACCGGCUGGACUCACAAACAGGUGUCAAAGCAAUGAAGCCAGUGCUGCAAGUGUCAGUCCCAUCAACCAUAAAAGUGGUGCCAGCAGCGACCAAAACCGUGAUAAAAGGCUUUAACCUGAGUGCGGAAAGCCAUGAAUUUCUUUCGCCUCGAAUUGAAACACCAAGGUCCCAAAGUCCAGCGUCAUUGCCACACUCGCCUAAUCCCCGCCGUAAGGAUGACAGCAACAAACGAUUAGAACUUUUAACAUCAACAACUCCAAGGUGUCAAUCCCCAAUGGGAGUGGGAUCUGGACGUGCAACUCCAGAUACAGAGAUUCGAGGAAAAACUCUAGAAGACAAGCGGGACGUUGUGUUGAUUUACAAAAAAAAACGAGGGGAUUCUAAGGAGCAGUUGCAUCUUGUUGUUGUGGGUCACGUGGACGCAGGGAAGAGUACUCUUCUGGGCAGAUUGUUGUGCGAUCUAGGACAGGUGUCUUCUAAAUUGAUUCACAAGUAUCAGCAGGAGAGCAAGAAAAUCGGAAAGCAAAGCUUUGCUUAUGCUUGGGUGCUGGACGAGACUGGAGAGGAACGGGAAAGAGGGAUCACAAUGGAUAUUGGCUACUCUAAGUUUGAGACUGAUACCAAAUCGGUGACGCUCCUUGAUGCUCCUGGACACAAAGAUUUCAUUCCUAAUAUGAUCACUGGAGCUACGCAGGCUGAUGUAGCACUUUUAGUUGUUGAUGCGACGAGGGGGGAGUUUGAGACUGGAUUUGAGAGCGGCGGACAGACGAGGGAACAUGCUUUGCUUCUACGUUCAUUAGGUGUUUCAGAAUUGGCAGUAGUAGUCAAUAAGUUGGAUACAGUAGACUGGUCAAAAGAUAGAUUCAAUGAAAUUGUUGAUAAAAUGAGUAUUUUUUUGAAACAAGCUGGGUAUAAGGACAGAGUUACGUUCGUACCCUGCAGUGGACUAUCUGGAGAGAAUAUCGUCAUGCCCCCUAAAGCAGAAGAACUCUCUAGUUGGUACACAGGUCCAACUCUUCUCUCAGUGAUUGACAAUUUCAAAUGCCCUGAACGACCAGUAAACAAGCCCUUCCGUUUCUCCGUUAACGAUAUUUUCAAAGGCACAGGAUCAAAUUUCUGUGUCUCAGGACAUGUGGAGACUGGAAUGGUGGCUGCUGGAGACAAAGUUCUCGUGUCACCUCACAAUGAGAUUGCUGUAGUUAAAGGAAUGCAAAUCGAUGAACUAUCGACAACCAACGCCUUCGCAGGUGACCACGUUUCUCUCACUCUAACUGGAAUAGAUCAACAGAACGUAGCAGUUGGAGAUGUAAUUUGUACUCCAUCGAAGCCAGUUCCCGUGACAACAUGUUUCCAAGUUCACGUAGUUAUUUUCACAGUCGCAAUUCCUAUUACCAAGGGCCUUCCAGUGGUUCUCCACGUUCAAUCUCUCGUGCAGCCAGCUGUUAUCACAAAAUUAAUUGCACAACUGCAUAAAAGUAGUGGUGAAGUGGCGAAAAAAAGACCCAGAUGUUUACCCAAAAAUUCAAGUGCAAUCAUUGAAAUUAAAACGAACCAACCAAUUUGUUUGGAGCUGUACAGAGACGUUAAGCAACUUGGGCGAGUUAUGCUCAGGGUAGCUGGAACGACAAUUGCUGCUGGGCUAGUGACAAAAAUCAAGUGAAGGUCUUUAAGUAAAUACGUCUUAAUAAGCUUUCAUAUCGCAAUCAAAAUAUAUUCUUCAUGAUUUGUCAAUAAUUCGAGUCUCAAAAACUUGUAAAUUAAUUACAUCAUUAUUCUGAUCAUAAAUAUAAGAAAAUUCACCAAUCAAA